UUUGUGUGUUGCAGGAGGUUUCAAGAUCACCGGCUUGCUUAAAGUAACCACGAGAGUGACAAAUAAGCUUCGCAUACUGUGAAAAAAAUUGUUCUGGGGCAGAUCGGUUUGUUUUUGGUCGUUCCCUAUCCAAUAUAACCGAGUGGUUUCGUCCUUCCCAGUAGGUGGAUCUGUGCAGCAGGGAACUGAACCGAGAUCAAUGAACUCUGUUAAAUAAACUGGUUGGGAAAUCAAAGUUGAGGCAGAUUCGCUAUACACCGUAACAGAAACUGGGACGCUGCGUAUUACAGUGGCUACUCCGUGUGAUAGCGACAAGGAUUAUUGGGUUCCGCAUAAUCCUUAACUCUAUCUGGUAUAGAGUGUAAUUAAAUAACUUUCUGCCGGGUUUACCUUUGGAUACAAAUAAAUCAAACAUCUGCGCAACGGGGGCAACUCGAAAUUAAGGGAUGAUCUUUGCAAAUACAGCCAACCCAGUGAGGACGACAUAUCGUAAGCAGCAACCUGUUGCUCCCUCUUCGCACCCUAUGGCGCCGCCCAGUCCCAGUACUAACAGCAGCACCAACAACAGUAGUAGCAGCAGCAGUGCAGGAUGGGAGCAGCUCAGCAAAACCAAUCUUUAUAUUCGAGGACUGCCUCCAGCAACAACAGAUCAGGACCUGGUCAAACUCUGCCAACCGUAUGGCAAAAUUGUAUCCACAAAAGCUAUUCUGGAUAAGACUACAAACAAAUGCAAAGGCUAUGGCUUUGUGGAUUUUGACAGCCCAGCUGCUGCUCAAAAAGCUGUUACUGCUUUGAAGUCGAAUGGUGUCCAGGCCCAGAUGGCAAAGCAACAAGAGCAAGAUCCUACAAACCUCUAUAUUUCCAACCUGCCGCUCUCUAUGGAUGAACAAGAACUAGAAAAUAUGCUGAAGCCUUUUGGGCAGGUCAUAUCCACUCGAAUAUUACGUGAUUCUAAUGGUGCAAGCAGAGGAGUUGGCUUUGCGAGGAUGGAAUCAACAGAGAAAUGUGAAGCAGUCAUUUCCCACUUUAAUGGAAAAUUUAUUAAGAUGCCACCUGGAGUCCUUGCACCCUCAGAACCCUUAUUAUGCAAGUUUGCAGAUGGAGGCCAGAAGAAGAGACCAAAUCAGAACAAAUAUGUUCCGAAUGGCAGAGCAUGGUCCAGGGAGGGCGAGGUGAGACUUGCUGGAAUGACUUUGACAUAUGAUCCUACAGCUGCUGCUAUGCAAAAUGGAUUUUAUCCUCCACCAUACAGUAUUGCGAACAGGAUGAUCACCCAGACUUCUAUUUCACCAUAUAUAUCACCAGUUUCAACAUAUCAGGUACAGAGUCCUUCCUGGAUGCCUCAUCAAUCUUACAUCAUGCAGCAUCCAGGAGCAGUAAUUUCGCCCUCUAUGGAGCACACAAUGUCAAUGCAGCCUACAUCCAUGAUGAGUCCACUCACACAGCAAAUGGGUCACCUCUCUUUAGGCAGCACAGGAACGUUCAUGCCUGCCAAUACAGCCAUGCAAGGAGCCUAUAUUCCUCAGUAUGCCCACAUGCAGACCACAGCAGUUCAAGUUGAGGAAAACAGUGGGCAGCAACAAGUUGAGUCAUCAAGCGAUCAUUCUCCUUACACAUAUCAACAAACCAAGUAAUAAUCUGAUGCUCAUUGAUAACCCAGAAGAGACAAGAGAGAGACAAGGGGGAAGACUGAAACAAUCAUGGUUUCUUCUGAUGUGCUUUAAGAGUUUAUCUAAAUUUUGCACAGGUUUUACAAACAUUUACUUUUGUUUAUAAUAAAAUCAACUGAAACUAUUUUUGGUAUAAGUUCUGAGGUGCAUAUAAAUGCUUACUUUCAUCAAAAGGAUGCUAAUUCUCUAAAAUAGUUUUAUUUUAAUAAGAAAGAGUUUAUUUUUAACAAGGAGUGUCACAUCAACACAAGAACUCUGUACAUGCAGAAAACCAUGUGACAUGACUAAAGGUGCAUGACAGGAAAGAUGUUUUUGUUAUGUUUUUUUAUGAUUUGUGAUGAAAAUUACUUUUGUUUUCUAUUGAGAUUUUUUUUUUCUGAAGUUUUUCAGCCAGACAUCUUUAAAAUGAUGUUUUGUGCUUGCUGUGUGAGUGUUGCUAUGGUGAAGUGUUACAUGUCAUUUCUUGUUAGGUGUUUGUCUUUUUGGUCUAGAUUGAUCUGUUUUAAAAUUUGCCUUAAAUUUUUUCAUACAAUAGCUGUUUAGGCAACUCUUGAUACAAGAUAAGCAAGAAUAUGUUAAAUACAAAUGCCUUGUAAAUCGGCAAAAUAGGGCUUUUUUAGGAAACAACUAAAUAGACUUUCUUUCAAAUGCGUUUUAGAUGUUUUUAAGUUUUUUUCCACUGAUCUCGGCUGAAUACUAAUCAAAGUAGAACUUUUAGAAUAGAAAUGUUUUGAGUGAAACACAUUUUCUGAAUCUGAUGAACUUUCUAAUAGGAUGUAAUGUUUGUAUAAUCAGAAGGCUUGUGUUACUUCUGAUUGUCUGAAUGUGCUAGAAUUUCUGAAUGAUUAAAUUUAAACUCUUGGUUUUUUAACUAACUUGAUGUUGUAGUUUUAGCAAAAACAAAUCAGAUUGGGGGAAGGGGAGGGAUCAGGAUUCUGAGGGAGGUAGGGGGGUACUCUGUCAGACUGGGAGUACUUUUUUUUCCUUUUGCUUUAUAAUAAAAAUAAGUGGAUUUAUGAUUGUGCAAAAAUUAGCAAACAAUGCUUUCCUUGGCAACCGAGGCAAAUGUUUUUUUUUAGAUUUAGGAUAACUGAGAGAUAUAGGCAAAACCAAUUUUAAAGAAAAACUAGCUCUUUGUAAGGAUAAAAAACUUGGCACUUUCAAUAAAGUUUACUUCACCAAAGAACUGUGAGCUAGGAAUUGAAUAAAAAAAAAAGUUAAGGUUUUCUCUCAGCAUGUGCAUCUUAUGUAAUCUACUUUUUUGCCGGACCAGUUUGCAGUUAGGAGAAUGUGCCUUUUUUGUACAUUUGCGUUUAGUUUUUUUCUAGUUUUAUUGAGGUAUGGACACAAAGAAGCAUGAAGGAAGAUUUGGAUCCAAGCAGUGCCACACUCACUACACCAUCACUACAAAGAAAUGCAAUAUGUAAAAUAAGAAAGAAAUACGAUUUGAAACUAUGAACUGAUUUACCACAAUAAUGAUCUGCUUUUACAUUGUAGAACCAGUCAUUUUAUGAAUAAAGCUUUAUUGUUUUAAUCAUUGUAGCUUAAAAAAGCUUUAUAAAUUAAGUUGUCUUCCAAGAGACUGUGUUUUGACCUGGUCAGCGACAAUUGAUCAGUUAUCUACCUCAGAGUUUUGUUUCUCUUUUGUAUUGGGACAGGUUUGCUGGACCUCCCUGUCCUCCCAGACCAAACUCUUCCAGCUCAGGAGCUGGUGAUUUAACAGCUGUUUUCUUUCAAUUUUUAUCUUUUUAUUUUCAAAACAUUUUUUUAAAAUUUUAAUAGGAAUAUUGUAUGUUGAACAUGUUUAGUUGUGUCCAGACAUUCAGUUUCAUAGUUUCAAAAGUAACUGCUGCUUUCAUUACUAGAGAUUCCAGUAGUUGAAAUCCUUCAAGAAACAAGACAAAGGUUGUGGUAUUUACUGGAUCUGUGCUCCUCGAAAUUAAUUGUUGCUUUGUCAGAGUCCAGACAGACCUGCAGCAGCUUUCACUGCGAAUUGGUAGAUUACCAAAGUUAAGACCUGUAAACAGACUUGAGAUUUCCAUAUGUUGCCUAAGACUGAAACUUAGUACUGCUUAACACGUGUGCAGGUUGUGCUGCUAGUGGUGUCUGAACUAAGUGCCAUACUCUGUCUGGGUUAGAGUUGGGAAAGUACUCUGUACAUAAAGAAAUGCUCAUUUAAUUAACAUCACGUGCUAGACAGACAUUAAGUUAUAUAAAGAAAUAAUUUAUGAAGAGAGACCUUUUUGUACAGAUUGAAGAAAAAGAUUUUCAUAGAGAUGUCUAUAUGAUCAAGAGUUAAUUUUUUUAUUUUUGUUUUACAUGUGCCACAAACUUGCCAGUGGUAACUUGUAUGUCCGGUUAAAGAUACCUUUCUGUAUUUUUGUUUUUUAGUACUUGUAAAAGCCAAAAAGACAUUUUUGAACUGUAAAUUUCAUUAGAUUGUUACUUAAGUUUUAUUUCUUUUUCAUUUCUUUGGAAACUUUUGAAUAAAAACUUCAAUUGGAAA